AUGCACGCCAACUACCUUUUACUUGGUCUCGUGGCCGGAGUCGCAGCCGCGCCCCUGCCCGCGCCCGACGUCGCCGCCGAUACUCCCAGCCAGGGCGAUGUUACGACCAGACAGUUGGGCCGGUACCAGGGAGGCCAGUUUUUAAAAACCCCAAUUGCCCAAUUAAACGUUUAA